AAGUUUCAGAUCUUCAGCGUGGUGAGUGUGGUAAUAGUGCAAAUGAAUGGGGCACCAUGUAUAGUUAAUGUCAUUGAUGAAUUGCCUGCCAGAACCGAGCAGCCUUCAAAGCGAGGACAUCAAAACAACAAUGCGAUGAUCACGAGGAUUACUUUGAAUCCCUGGGAGUAUUGAAGAUAAUACUAAGGAUCAGACCGCUGACACAGGUUACAUAUGGUACCAGGUGCAUACGUGGAGUGUGUGCAGAAUGAGCAGCACGUUUGUUACAUUAGCUGAAGUACUGGAGGCACGAGGGGGACCUCUGCUGGAGGAGGAGGUCUGGUCCUUGCUGCUGGGCACUGCAGAGUCUUUAGUGGAUGUCUCUUAUAAGGGUCAAAACAAUAUGUGCAGUAUCAUAAGCCCCACCUCCUUGCUGCUGUCAGCCACUGGUACCUUAGCAUUUAAGAACUGUGGCCUAUCAGAUGAGGUUUCCACAUUCGCCGCUCCGGAGAUGCUGCAGGGCCGUGCCAGCUCAACCAAACCUGCCACAGAGAGGAUGCUGGUGUAUUCACUGGGUAUGACACUCUACUGGUCAGUUGAUUUUCACCUACCUCAAAAUCAGCCGGUUCAGUUGAGUGACCAUCUAAACAGCCUCCUCCUCAGCAUGUGUGAGGACCUGUCUCACCGCCGGGUAAACCUCAACUCCAUCCUGGAAGCCUGCGAAUCCCAGCUCAAAGCCUCCAUCCUGCUGCCCCCCGCCAAAGUCAUCAGGCAGCUGGUGGAGGAGGUUUUUCAUGAAUCAAUGGACCAGACAUCUCUGCCAGACAGCAAUGUCCCUCUGAGCGGCAGAAGUCUGAUGAUCAGAGAAAGACUUCAUGGAAAGAGAGGGCCAUUUUCAGAUUUCAGCGAAGGAAGUGCUGAAGGUAGAAGAUAUUCAACGGACUCUGACUCAAAGUCAGGGAGUUUACCUCAAAGACCAUGGAGACAAAGACCGAGAAGCUCUCCCACAUCGUUGUACCAAUCUUCUUUAGAAAGAAUCCCUCGUGGGGUUCGUCACAGGGACAGCAACUGCAGUUGGCUCGGUAGGAGUCCCCAUCACGACAUCUCUCCGAAGACAUCAGGCAGAUCUCACAGUCCUUCCAUCACAUUCAGCGACUCCUCGCUUAGUCUGAGCCAGAGAAAAUCUAAGGCAUUGGGUCCCGAGUUCGUCAGAAUGCCAGAUGAGCAACAAAUUGUUCUUGAGCUUCCAGGAUCUAUUGUGUCCAGAAAGGGCCGUUCAUGUUCGUCUCAGAGAGAAGUGACUGUUGUGAUGCCUAAUGGACAGUACGUGGUGGUUCGCUGUGAUAUUAAGUCCAGAGCAAGAGAUGUGUUUGACAUGGUGGUCGCGCACGCAAACUUGGUGGAACACUUUUACUUUGGUCUUGCCUUCCUAGAUGAUGAUGAAUAUUUCUUUUUGGAACAUGAAACAAAAAUCUCCAAAGUUGCCCCUGACAGUUGGAAAAAAGGGCAGAUAUCAUCUUUUUUGGUGUUUCUUCGAGUCAAAUUUUUUGUUGAUGAUAUCUCCUUCAUUCUGCACAAACUGACUCGUCACCAGUACUACUUACAGCUGCGUAAGGAUAUCUUGGAGGACAGGCUUUACUGUAAUGAGGAGACAGGCUUAUUCCUGGCUGCUCUUGCGCUGCAGGCUGAGUUUGGUGAUUACAUGUCAGAGUUAUAUGGCAAGAACUAUUACCAACCAGAGCACUAUGUGUCCAAGAGGAUGCUUGAGAAGCUUGCCCUGCCCAGCGUCAAGGAAGAGUUGCCAAGACUACAUGCAAGUCAUGCACAGAUGCUGCCAGAAGAGGCAGAAAUGGAGUACCUAAAGAUUGCACAGCAGCUACCAGAGUAUGGAGUUAUGUUCCACCGUGUGGGGCGAGAGAAAAGGUCGGUGGUUGGAGAGUUGGUCUUGGGAGUCUGUGCCAAAGGAAUCAUCGUGUACGAGAUGAAGAACCACGUCCGGACUGUUACCAGACGCUUCCUCUGGAGGGAAACUGACUCCAUAUCCACUGGGCGGCGUAAACUGAUUAUAGAGUGUGGUGGCCCCAGUGGGAAAAAGCAUGGUUUUGUAACGGAAAGCUCAAAAAUAGCACAAUACCUCCUGAACCUUUGCUCAGCACAGCACAAGUUUCACAGCGAGAUGACGUCACGACAGCUAAACCACACCUUAAUCCCAGAUGAAAACAUGGAAAAGUACAUAUCCGCCUACAGGGGUCGUAACCUGAACUUAAGGCGGAUAUCCUGCUCAGAGGGCAUGUUGAACCAUGUAGGAUUGGCGCCCGGUCAACCAGACUCCCUGUCCAAGUCCUGUGACGACCUGACUGCCAAAUUGGAGGCUCGGCUCCGCCAACAGAGAGAGAUGAGGAGAGAGAUGAGUAGAGAGCUGAACAAGGAUCUGCCCGAAACGGGAGACCUCAGGGAUGUAAAAGAGCGACAGUGUUGGAGUACGCCAGAGCUUCUUCCCAGGAUGAUGUCCAGUAUGUCACUACAGAAGCAGGACUCUGAUGCCUCAUCCUCUAUUCGAGUUGAUACACCAACCCGGACCCCACCAGAGAGAGAGAUAGUCUGCGUGACCCUGAAGAAAGAUCCCAAACUGGGAUUUGGCUUUGUGAUAGUGGGAGAGGACAAUACAGGCAAACUUGACCUUGGGAUCUUCAUUGCUUCCAUUGUGCCUGAUGGCCCUGCAGAGAAAGAUGGACGAAUUAAACCAGGUGGACGUCUCAUCUCACUAAAUAAGACUAGUUUGGAAGGAGUGACAUUCAGUGAUGCUGCUGCCAUCUUACAGAGCAGCCCCGAUGAGGUGGAGCUCAUUGUGUCCCAGCCUAAGCAGUCACUGAAGGACAGACAAAGUUCUUUGAGUCAGAGUACUCUUGGAUUAGCGUUGGAGAGGAACUUUGGGUCACAGACUACCCUGAGUAGCACAGAGUACCGUCCCGGAGUGGAGGAACUCGAGGAGGUCAUCACAUUGUCCAGCAUGGCAACUCCAAAACACAACAGGAAGCUUCACAUUCCUGUGGUGCGAAUACACGAUGCCCAGGACGUUUACUCUCGGUCGCCCUCUAUCUUGAGCCUUAAAACAGGCGAGCGGUUUGUAGUGGAGCUGAAGAAAAGCAGUGGAAGCCUUGGCAUCAGUGUUGCUGGAGGAAUUAACACUAAUGUGCAUGAUGGAGGCAUUUACAUCAAGAGUCUGGUGCCUGGAGGUGCUGCUGAGCAGGAUGGUCGCAUUCAAAUUGGUGACAGACUGCUGGAGGUUGACAGGUCCAACCUGAGGGGCGUGACUCACCAUCAAGCUGUCGAGUUCCUGAAGAGGACUGGGGAGGUGGUGAGCCUGCUGCUCGAGAGGGAGCCCACAGUAAUUCUGGAGCCUAGACCUGACUCGCCCUGCCCUACCUUGGUCCACAGUGCAUCACACACACAGCCCCUCAGGACUGAAGUCUCCAUGGAAACGACCUUGAGUGGUCGAGCCAAGGACUACAGCUUUGUAACGGAUGAAAACACACGUGAGGUGGUGCUGAGGAAGAGCUUGUCUGGCCUCGGCUUCAGCUUUUAUAUCUCCCAGCUGCACUCAGGACCAGACCGCAGCAGCGUGGUCCGCAUCAAACGUCUGUUCCCAGGUCAGCCAGCGCAGGAAAGUGGCCUGCUGCGGGAAGGAGACAUCAUCCUGACUGUCAACAAAGAGCCUCUCAAGAAUCUUCCCUAUCAGAGGGUUUUGCUUUUGCUACGUGGUGCUCCUUCUGAGGUUCAUCUGCUGAUCUGCCGACCUGGACCAGGAGCACUGAAUGAUGGAGAUAAUAACUCACUGACUCUUACAUCCCUCCGUGAUGCUCGAUCGCGGUCUCUGGACAUCAGGUUGGGGGAGGACUACAGCGAGCUCCUCAAAAAGCCCUCCAACCAGGAGGAGGAGCCGACCAGCAAAACAGAGAAAAACUCAGAACUUCCUGCAGCUUCACAACUCCCAGAGAGCCAGGAGGAGCUCAAGGCAGAAGUGCAGACACAACAGACUCCACCAUCUUCCCCUCGCUCACCUCCUUCACCAACAUCACCUACAUCUCCUCCUUCACCGGUCUCGCCAGCAUCACCUGCCUCACCUACCUCGCCUGGCUCUGGGUCUCCACCUGCUCCAACAGAGGCCCAACUAGCUGCUGGGAAGCUCGAGCAACAAAAGGAAGCAGAAGCAGAAAAGAAGAGCAAAGAUGUGGAGGAGGAGGACGCAACAACCUCAAGCUCUACUGUGAUGCUUAUUGAUGUCUGUCCUAAGACUGGCUCCAACUCUGUGUAUACCAGUGGAGUCAGAGAGGAGGCAGAUGGAAGUGUCACCUAUUGCCUCAUGGGAAAUGGACUCACUAUCAUGGCAGAUGAAGAGUACCUGACCAUCAGCUCCACACUGGAGCCUCCUCACAUGCUUCCCACUGCUAGCACUCAAACAGCCAACUUUAGCUCUCAAACAUCAAGUAGCUUGCAGUAUCCACACCCCAACCCCACCACCUUGGCCCUCAACCUCUUAUCUGACACCCCCACCACUUGUUCCCUGGCACAUCCCUCCCAGCCACUCACAACACAGCCCCCUAAAACCAAGCACCACCCAAUCCAGCAGGGGCUUCUUCCAAGUCACUACAAAGCCAUGUCCAAGAUCAGCCGCCCCAUGGUGCCCCCGCCUCAACCUCCACCACUGACCCCUAUCACAGCUCAGAUUAUCUCUGUGGCUCCCUGUCCUAGUCCACCUCCCCCAGUGCUGCCCCCCACACUGCUGCCCCCGGCUGCUCCGAUCCAAUUUAGAGAAGAACCAGAAAAGAAAGAAAAGGAAUACAAAGAUUACGAUGAUGACGAAUAUGAUGAGGAAGAGGAAGAGAGUCGAAGAAAGGGAUUGGUUAAAGAAUUUGAGCUGUCAGUGGUUCUGACUAAGUCCAGAAGUGGAAGCUUUGGGUUCACCAUCACUCGAAGCAAACUAGACAACUGCUACUACAUACAGGAAAUAUUGGACAAUCCAGCCAAGGCAGAUGGACGACUCAGGGCAGGAGACAGGCUCGUCACAGUAAAUGGCCACGAUGUUACCAGUGUGGCAGAUGACGUUGCCAUGACUAUUCUCAGGUCAUCUCCAAGGAGACUGAGUAUGACAAUAGGGAGAGCAGUGAGCAACCUGGUGGCUCCACCCUCUUGUGACAGCCUGCCUGAUAUUGUCCUACACAAGACACCUUCAGGACAGCUGGGAAUAAAGCUGACAGGUGGCAUUGGUAGUAAAUGGCAGGGCAUCUACUGUCUGGAGGUGGUGCCAGGUUCCCCUGCCAGCGAGGAGGGUAGUGUCCAACCCAAUGACAAGAUCCUGUACAUCUGUGGAAGGUGCACGCUGGGAAUGACACUAGAGGAUGCAGUCAAAGCUUGUGAGAUCGCUCCACGUAAAGUGAAACUAAAAGUCAUCAGGGAAGAGCAGCCAGUGACCCCCAGGGGUAAGUGGAACGGUCUGUUUGACUGGAAAAAGGACAGGAAGUCCUUUGCUCGUUUUGAAGAGCCAGUAUCCCCAGAGAAAGACUCUCCUACUGAAGAUGCUGAAGCUGUGUAUCAGACUGCUGGACAAUUCAGAUGUCUCUCUCUCGGCCAAGAACAGGAUAAUUGCAUCAUGCAAGUGGAGUUCACUAAACCAGAAGGAGGAGGUCUCGGUUUUGCAUUGGUCGGGGGAACAAAUGGCAGCAUGCUCAGGGUGAGAGAAAUUUGCUCAGGUGGAGUAGCUGAGCAGGACGGUCGCCUGAGAGUGGGAGAUAUUCUGUUAGAGGUGAAUGGUGUGAUUGUGUCUGGACUGAGCCACAGUAAGGUGGUGGAAAUCCUGCGCAAAGCUGAAGGGACUGUGCAGCUCACCAUCUGCAGAGACGUCCUGCCCCUGACCUACUCCGAGUCACCUACACCGCCCAACAUGUCAGCUCAAACUGAAGCUAUUUUAGCUGAGCAGCCUGCUCUUGUGUCCAACCCUGAUAAUUGCUCUUCACCUGACCUCAUGCUGAACAGGCCAGUGGACCGUCCCCCUGAGGCAACGUCAGACCCUGUGGUUAAUGAAGCAGAUGUUGUUCUAACAUCGCCCCCUCCCUCACCUCACCUACUGACAGUUGUAACCGAUGAGACUACAGGUAAACAGGAGAGCUGUAACAGCACCCCUUCUCAUCAAGCUUGCUGCCCAUCCCUCAAUGUCACUGACAUGUUGCAUGGAGCUUCUGACAGGAAACAAAUUGUGAGCAAACUUUUGGACCACUCCUGCAAAGACAUCCGGAAACCCCAGUCAGACGGCUGGAGCAGUGAAGAUGAUGACGACGAUGUAUUCAGCACCAAAGGUCAGGAAAUGGCCUCAUCCCAAACAGGCCCUCCCAUAGUAUCAGAGGAGGAACUGGCCAGUCUAGCUCUUAUUACCCCUGCAAAGACCAGCCAGUACUCAGGCUCCAGAGUCAAAGCUCUCAUCCAGAUUCUCCAGCAUCAACUGGACCAGCAGGAACUGGUCAAAGAGUUCAUGGCUCUGGAGCAUCUGAAGCCUUCUGACAACUGCCUAGUGGGAAAAGCUCCUGAGAACAGAGACAAGAACCGCUACAGAGACAUCCUACCCUACGACAAAACUCGUGUUGUGGUUGGAGAGAAUCAGGACUAUAUCAAUGCCAGCUACAUCCGCAUGCAAGUUGGCGAUGAAGAGUUCUUCUACAUCUCCUGUCAGGGCCCUUUACCUUCUACUGUGCAAACCUUCUGGCAGAUGAUCUGGGAAAAUAAAUCCGAUGUCGUUUCCAUGAUGACCCAGGAAGUAGAGCGGGGAAGGAUUAAAUGUCACAAAUACUGGCCAGAGAAGCUGGGUGUGCCUUUGGAUGUAGGCAGGUACCAGCUUCACCUCGAGAACCAACAGUACCUGGAAUACUUCCACAUCAAGAUCAUCCGUAUGGUGGAGAGUGAGACUGCCGAAACACAUUUUGUUCGACACCUGAAGUUCACACACUGGCCUGACCACGGUGUGCCGCACUCCUCCGAGCAGCUGGUUCGCUUCAUCCGCUACCUGAGGGCGGUGCACCAUAAAGGGCCUGUCACUGUGCACUGCAGCGCUGGCAUCGGACGUACAGGAGUUCUUAUUUGUACUGACAUCAUCCUUAGCCUCAUCGAGAAUGAUUUGCCUAUUAAUGUAAGCAACAUUGUGAAAGAGAUGAGACUUCAGCGGCACGGGAUGAUUCAAACCAAGGAGCAAUACCUUUUCUGCUACAAAGUCUGGUUGGAGGUUUUACAGGGGAUUUUACAGCUUCACGGCAGCCAGUGGCAACCAGAAGACCCAAGAGACCACAAAGUAGUUUGAGAAUGUUUCCACCAUACCUGUAAGAAACAAGCUGUGAAUGUUCGACCGCGUGCAGUCGCGCCCAGCAGAGCGAUACGUUGAUGAUACAGUUUUCUUUGGCUUCCUUUAGUUUAGCUGGCUAUAAUAUGCAAUCUGUACUUCUCAGCUUUGCUACAAUGAUUUCAACUGACUUUGUCUGUGUAUGUGUUCUUGGUGCUGUGAUUAUCUCACGUUAUUUUAGAUCACUGAGGUUGUUUUGCCUUUUCAGGUUUAGUGAUUUGCCUUCUGUCUCAAACAUUGUGUUUUUUUAAAUCUAAUCUUUUUUCUCCAUGUUCUUUACAUUUUUAUGUUGCAUGUUAUUUUAAAUCCGGUAAUAUUUACAUCUUGGCAGUAAUGUCAUCAAAGUGCACAAGUGUAAGAUCAUCAUACCAAAAUUAGUGUCUGUUUCAAACCUCGAUGACUAGCGUUUGAUUCAAGGUUGUGUUAUCAUUUCAUUUAAGUGCAUUUGUACCCUGCAGAAAAGGGUAUUAGCAAAAGAACAUUAUUGAUUGUCUUUAAUUAAUCAUCUAAGGGAAUGAAAAGCAUUAAGUGCCUUGGAAAGAUACGCAUCACUUGCUCCAUACUGACCCCAGCCCACUUGUCUGAAGCGGUCAGGGACGGAGGACAAGAAACAGAUUUGAGAGCAGCUGAUAGUGGUUGGAGUGAACGAGCAGCUUUUGGUCUGUUUGUAAGGUGGACUUUGGUUAAUUCAAACCAGAGGAACAUUACAUCUCAGCUUUUUGUUAAGUUGUAACUCUGAAACAGUGUGGUGUUCGCACACUGCCUUCCAGUCUUUUUUUUCUUUUUAAUUUGUGUGCUCAUUUUAUACAAUAUCUAUCACAAAGAACAUUUUAUUAAACAUUAUCACAACUUGCGCAUCCCAAAUACAGAUAAAGAAUGACCCCACAUAACAAAUUUUUGAAAAUUCAUAAAUUUUCAAUUCACUAUUUUGCUAAAAUUUGAACACUAAAUAUUCCCUUUUUUUUGUAAAAUGUACAAAAAUGAUUUAGAUGUAAUUUAAAUUAUUAGUUGCUGGGCUAUUACAUGUAAGUUGUUACGUGAUAGCAUAGUUUCUCUGUAUUCUUUGGCUAUUUUAAUACAAACUCAGCCAAAAAUGCAAAAAAUAUUCCCAGGUUUACAAACUUUCCAUUUUGCCACUUUAGAUAUUGUACAAAGCAACGGUCAAAGUCAAAUCUAAAAUGAUUUCUAGCUGCUGGUUUGAACCUCAACCUUUGGAUGUCACUGCUUGUGAGCUUUGUUCCUGUAGCUGCUAACAAACACACACCAGCUUUCUUAUUGCAUGCAGACUCUUACAGUACAGCCUGGAGUUUGACAAAAUGACUUGAACAUGAUCAAAAUGUGGAAUGUAACAAAGCAAUACUCCUGAGGAGGAGGGAAACUGAAUGUCUGGAUCGGUUACCCAGUUUUCCAAACUGUUUGGAGCAUGUUGGUUAGACAUAUGCAGUACUGUACUUUUGCCAUGUGGAUGGCCAUGCAGAGCCAUCAGCCUCUGUACUGUGUAUGAAACAUCUUUUCACUCCACGCUGGUUGGUUGGUUGGUUUCCAACGAUAGCUAACCCUCUGUUAUGUGCAAGUUCGCGUUCUAUUUGAAACUCGUUGAUAUAUUUGAAAAUGGUUAUUCUUGAAAGAACAAAAGAAAAGCACAUUUUGCAUUCAUCUGUGAAAAUGCAUCUUGUACAGUUAAGCAAGUGCUUAUGCGUAGCAUUGUGAAAUAUAAUAACCUCUGAUUGCACAACUGCUUAUUUAUGCUGAAUUAAUAUCUUGUCACUGUACCAGCCACUAUGUAACCAAUAACUGAGAACAAUGUAAUACCUCUCUCUUUAAUUAAAAGCUAUUCUGAA